GUGAAUCAAUGGAGGAAUUACCUCAGGGGGGGCAUUUCUCUGGCCAAAUGAACCCGGGGGUCCCUGUUGGAGGCCCCCGUGGGCAGGUUGCAAAGGGUAUUACGGCCCGGCAAAGGGCAAAGGCCCCGUCGGGUAGUAAUCCUCGUCAAGGGGCAAAGGCCCCAUUGGGCAAUUAUAAAGGUGGCGCAGCACCUAUUGGGCACGCUAGGAGUAUGCCUAAGAGCGCUGGCAGUAAUAGUGAGGUUUCUUUGGGCAAAGGCGGCGCCCGUGCAGGCGGCGCUUUUGGCGCGCAAAUUGGUGGGAGUGUAGGGGCUAGGCCUCAGGCUCCGGGCGCAUCCCCGGCAGCAGCGAGGAAGGUAGUAACUAGGUCUUCUACCAAACAUGGUUCACCAGAACAGUUUCAGAGUUUAGAUUUAGCGGUUGCAUCCACUAGACGUAAGAAAGCCACCCCUAUCACUCAGAAGUCAGUACAUUUUAGUGAAGAGAUAGAGGACUUUACAGAAGAUGAGCAGGGUGUGUAUGAUGAUGUUGCAAGUGGCGAAGGCACCCAUGAUGUCCAUGAUGUGUGUGAGGGGAUGCAUGAACGGUCUGGGCACAGGGGGAGGGGUAGAGCAGACCUUCCCCUUCGUGGUACUCCUCUCUGGCAAUCUCUUUUGCAGGAAAGCGACAUGGCUACGUCAGGAGAUUCAGGCAGCGGGUUGGAGAGAGGUGCUGAGAGCGGCCAGGACUCCAUGGUGUCAGAGGAUGAGCGUCCUUCUACUUCGGGAGUCGUGGCGAUUCCAAACAGGACCGGUGUGAGAGAUGGGCCUAGAAGUGGGCCACUUCGUGCCUGGAUCGUUGGGCACUCGUUCGUACACUGGGCGGCUAUCCGAGCGGCAUCGCAACCUGGAGGGCAGCAGCUUGGGUUCUCAUUCUCCAGGGUGGUAGUUAGGUGGUUAGGGAGGAGAGGCCUUUGCUGGGCAGAUCUGCCUGGGUUACUGCAAUCCGCCAUGAGGCGGUGGGAGAAACCCCAUGUGCUGAUCAUCCACUUAGGUGGGAAUGAUCUCGGCUCAAUUCCCGGCCGGGACUUGAGCGCAGUGAUCCAAUCAGAUCUGCGCACCUUUAAAGCUUGGUUGCCUGGUGUGAGAAUGGGCUGGUCAAACAUUAUACCGAGGUUGACGUGGAGACACAUGGCCAAUCAUAGGGCAGCGUUCCAAGUUCGCAAGAAGCUCAAUAGAGAUGUUAGGAAGCUUAUGUGCGAGCUAGGUGGUUUUGUUGUGGAACACAAGUUCAUUACGGCCGCUGACCGUAGCCUGUACCGAGGCGACGGGGUCCAUCUUACGGACCAUGGCAUGGACCUGUUUAUUGAAGAUAUACGUCAGUCCCUACUCCUAUUGGUGUGAGUUGGGUGGCGGCGAGAGUGGCCCUUGAUAUUCGGGCGAUCUCGUGGCGGGUGGACAGUGUCCGGGGGCAGGAUGUGAUCGAGGUAGAGUGACGGCACUUCCGGCCAGGGAUGAAGUCCCCAGACGCGCGUCUGGGGUGUUCCCUGCCCGUGUGAUUACGAUGCCGAGAAUUCCCUGUUUUAUAGUAUUGAGCUACGCUCUGCUUCUUCUCCUGCGCCCUGGUACUGCCCAUCUUGUUAGCAUGGGUUACUACGUUUUAGCUAGUACCUGAUUGCCGCCCCCCUGGUCCAUGUUUAUUCAGACGGUCGUUAGUUCUUGUGUUGCCACAAUAAACGUGACCUGCGGGUUUUCUCUAACCAUAAAAAGUUGUUGUGUCGUUAUUUUGUGUGUUAUUUAUUUCUACGUUUAGAAACUAAGUUGAGUUUAUGUUAAACCAAGAAUGUAUAUAGUUAUAAGUUAUUCUUUCCACAGAGGAGGAUAUGGCAUUUAAUCCCUUAAGGAAAUGUAAGGCAAAUUGCCUGGAAUGCACAUAAGGGUUAAGGCCAAGACGGAGGAGGGGAGUGUUGUGUUGUGUGUGUGAAACAAUGUUGCAGAAAGAGAGGAGGGGU